AUGGCUUCUCAGAGUGCCAGUGAAAUGGAUGAAACCGAGCUGGCCCCAUUGGAGGACAGAGGGCCGCCAAGAAGGGUCCAGUAUGAUAUAUCCCCAGAUCCAGAUAUGGACUCCAGGGAGGCUUUGGAGAGGUACGGGGACCCAACCUGGAGCAAUGAGCCCAGCCCCCAAAAUAAUCCGCAACCACAGGACCCAAACCAAGGCUCCUCCAACGUGGAAGGAAGUAGCAUUCUUCCUGAGUUGUCCUUCUUAAGAAAGCUUUGGAGAAUAGUGGAGGACGAUACCAUCCCGUCCGUGCACUGGAAUGAAAAUGGAGACACCGUGAUCAUCGAGGAAGAUCGUUUCCAGAGAGAGGUUCUUUGCCGGAGGGGAGAGGAGCAAAUCUUUGAAUCAGAUAGCCUGAAAAGUUUCAUCCGCCUGAUGAACCUCUCUGGAUUCGUUAAAAUACGCCCAAGCGACCCUUCAAUUUCCUCUCCAAGAAACAAGAUUAUGAUCUACCGCAAUUCUAACUUUCAACGAGACAAGCCUUGGCUCUUUGAGAACAUCAAGAGAAAAGGCAACCAGAUGACCGGUGCAACACCUCCAAAGAGGAAGAAAAGGCUAAUACCUACAAGACACUUCCUAAAGAGUUAUCAAAAGGAAGGCACCAGAGAAGCUGACCCAAAAGCCCAGAGGAAACCCCCGAAUGCUUGGGGACCCAGUGACACCGGGUCAUUCACGUUUUCUGAUCUGCAAUCCACGAGCAAUGCCAUGGAUAUCCAGUGUCCAAGUGAACCAGGUGGCCCAAGUGGAGAGGGCACAUCCUGGAAUGUUACGUUUGUGCCCCCAGCUACUGCUGGAAGUGACGGCACAGGAGGCCUUCCCACCAAUGCCCCAGGUGAUCCAUUCUAUGAUUCGGUGAUGUGUUUGUACAACACCUGUUAUUCCCUCCUGAUUGCUAGCCUUUCAGCCAUGAACCCAUCGGAAGAUGAGGAAGAGGGCUCCUCAGAUUAUAAGACUGUUUACUGUGAGUCAAUCAAGGACGAUAAAAUCCCCUAA